AUGCUGCCAUUCCCUCUUGGCUUCCUGCAGCAGCAACAGUGUGCUCCCGCUGCACCUGUCGACUGGGAGGCAGCAGCGAAGCAGUACUCUGCCUGCCGCGCCCCACACUCGCAGCCACAGUCGCAGCCCGAGCAGCAGCAGCAACAGCAACAGCAGACAGAAGAUUAUGGGGGGAAGAGGAAAAGAGCGACGAAGGGAUUUAAAGAAGUGCCCAAUGAAACAGCCGAGACGGACGAGGUAGCUCCACCUGAUACACCUGAAGGAGACUACCAGACAUUCGGGUAUCGGUGCGGAGACGAGGGAACGCCAGGAGACAACAUUGGUUAUCUAUUAAAGAGAGCAGAUCAAGCCCCCUAUUCAUAUGAGACCUUGCAUGACCUCGUGUUGUAUUACUCAUCACUGGGUCCUGCCGCAGCUGCCUGUACACCCCAAAUGCGGCGGCGCGUCUUGCUCUUACCUGCCGUAAAAGAAAACACUGCGCUCCUAAACUACGCCAUGUCCCCUUCCUUGCUAGCUGUCUGUACACCUCAGGGCCCGGAGAGGCUAGAGGACUACGAAAGUGCCUUAGAGCGGCUCUUAGAAGAAUUUCCUCUUCUUUUUGGGUACUGGAAGAAGCUGGCGAGGCUUCAGUGCCACUUAAAAGGAGACUGGACCAAGUGCGAUGAGGUGUUUGAGCGCUGUUUAGAGUUUGUGGGGCACAACCCGCUGGUGUGGACGGCGUAUUUGGAGUGGGCUGGGGCCCACUGGAAGGCCUGGCCUUUGUGGCAGGGUAUUUUGGAUUGGGAGGAGGGGGAGUUGUUUGCAGCGCGAGAGAAAGUUAAUGCAGCAGAGUUGGGUGGCGGGCUCCUGGAGGCGAAGGAGGAGGAGGAGGAGACAGACAGCGCAUGCAGCAGCAACCCCCAACCUGCUGUCUCUAAUAGCCUGAUUGAGACAAACCGAUUGCAAAUGCAGACGGCGCUGCAACGACUUCGGCAGCUGUACUGGCACCUGCUGCGUACUCCACUGGAGUGUUCGGAUUUGGUGUGGGAGCGGCUGAAGGCACUUGUAGAUCGCGGCAGCAGCAGCAGCAUCAGAAGCAGGAGGGGCCCCCGCCCUGGCGUGCAGGCAGAUGCAGAGGGGCCCCCUAAGGGGGCCUCUACUCUCUUUGACGUCUAUGAUCUCCUCGCGGAUGAGUUGCUGCCGGAGCUGCUGCAGCGGCUGCAGCAGCAAAAGUCUUCUACCCUGCAGGAUCUGCAACUCCCAACUGAAGCAGCAACACAGCAGCAGCAAACGGCACCCGAUGAUCCUGCUGCAGCAAGAACAGCAAUUAAAGAAAGAGUCUCCACGUUGGCUUCCCUAAACGCAGUGGAGAGAGAAUGCUGGCAGUUGCUGAGGGAGACGCUGGACGCCACAUUGGAGCAAGUGGCUCUAAGGCAGCCAUUUGAAAAAGCGGCACACCGAUGGUUUUGGCAUCCUGACCCCCUCGCUCCUCGCCGGUUGCAGGCCUGGAGGGAUUACUUAGACUUUGAAGAGAAGAAUGCGCCCGAGCGCUUGCCUCUGCUGCAGCGGCGCUGCCUGGAGGUCUGUGCCUCUUACCCUGAGUUAUGGCUGCGGUGCGCUCUCCAAAAGAAAAAAAGCAGCGAAGAGGAGGCCCUGCAGCUGCUGCACUUCGCAGCGACAAAAGUCUUGAAGCGCCGUAGGGACAUGGCGUGCAUCUACGCCUCCCAACUCGAGGCCUGCGGCCGCCUGAAGGAAGCAGCAAAAGAAUUCGAAGCGUUAGUUAGGCCUCCGUUGGACUCGGCUUCCCUAAAGUAUUUCGUCGCGCUGCUGCAAUUCUCGCUGCGGCAUCCGCCAGAGACAGCAGCAGACCCCCUCAGCCACGCGCUGCUGCUGCUGGAGGAAGCAGCAGAUAAAUACAGAGAUGACGGCCCCUGCGCUGAGGUCCUGCACAUCUACAGGGCCAAGCUCGUCGCUUUGCAUGCAGGGGACACAAAAAAAGCACUUUCUAUCCUCGCUAGAGCCAGGGAAUCACUCCCACGGAGCCUUCCGUUGCUGCUGCUGCAGCUGCGGCUGCUGCAGCAACAAAACGCUGGAGAUCCUGAGAAGAUUCUGGCUGCAUGCAAACCCAUCUUAAACGACGUCCUCUCCAACCCAGACGAAGCAGCAACUGCUUUCCUAGAAAAGCAUCGGCAGGAUAUUGCAUCUCUCGCUGCUGCAGCAGAGUUGCGGAGGCUGCCGCAGAAGCUGCUGCUGCCAUAUGGAGACAAGGAAGAAGAAGGUGCUGCAGCAGCAGCAGCACCGGCAGCAAGUUGGUGCAACGACGACCCGCAGGCAAGCGCAGAGGUUAGUCUCGCUACUACAGAAAAACUGUUGUCUCGUGUUGCUGCUGCUGCUGCUGCUGCUCCUGCAGCUCAAGCAGCAGCAGAUUCCCUUCAGCCGCAACUGAUGGAGUGGCCCUUACACCCCACAGCAGCAGAAAGCAGCGGUGCUAGCAGCACAAACUGCUGCAGUAGGAGCUGGAGCUGCCGCAGCAGGUGUCUUGGCGGCAGCAACCGCAGCAGCAGCAACAGCAGCAGCAGCAACAGCAGCAGCACCACAGAUUCUAAGCUGACCCCUUCAACUAUGCUACAAGCAGGAGGCGGCUUGCUCCAGUGUAUGUACGGCUCAAGUCCUUGCUGCAUGCAGUCGCUAGCUGCAAACAAUGCUGCUGCUGCUGCUGCUGCAUGCGUACCAUGCAAACCGUCCCUCUCGCCGUUGCCCAAACGCGAGGCCCUGGAAGCAGCGGCAGCAGCAGCAGCAGCAGCUGUGGAGUCUCCAGUGUGGCCUUGGCUUGGUGCUGCAGCAAUACCGGAAGCCUCUGCCUCACCUCAGGCCCUACCAUCAUCAUCAGCAGCAUCAGCAGCAGCAGCAGCAGAGCCAUGGCAUGCAGCUUCUCCAGCAACAAUGACCCUCACAGCCUUCAAUACUCCCGUUGCUUUUGCUGCUCUCUGUAGCAACAUUGCUGCCUGGUGCAGCACGGGGCCCCCACUGUCCCCUCACCCUCUCUUCCUGCCCCUAGCGGACGAGCUGCAGCAGCUGCAGCAACAGCAGCAACUGCAGCAGCAGCAACUACAACAGGCGACCUGCCCUUCCGCUGCUGCUGGUCAAGCAGGUGCACCUCCAUCGGAACUACAGCAGCAGCAACAGCAGCAGCAACAGCAGCAACAGCAGCAGCCACAGUCUUUCCUGCACACCCUCGGGGAGUUGCAUCAGACGUUGCUGCAGCAGCAGCAACAGCAGGACAACGCGCUGCCUCAAGAGCAACUACAGCAGCAAGUGCAGCAGCAAGUGCAGCAGCAGGAGCAGCAGCAACAGCAGGGGUUCGAAUCAACAACGAAACACGAAUCCGAGUUGUUGGAAGUCUUGCAGGAAGUGCUGCAGCAGCAAGAAAUGCAGCAGCGACCCGUGUUGCAGCAGCAAACUGAGAAGCAGCUUCUGUUGCAGCAGGAGGCCCUAGGAUGUGGGGCGCAGCAGCUUGCAAAGGAGCAGCAGCAGGGGCAGCAACAGCAGCUGCAGAUUGAGCCUGGUGACGAGCCAUCCCACAGCCUGCCUUUUCAAUUUACCUUGGGUAUGGCUGCUGCAGAGGGUUCAGACGCAGCAGCAGCAGCAGCAGCAGAAGCUGCUGCUGCAGCUUUGCCCCCUGCAGCUUUGAAUGCGUCUGGGCUCCAUCAUCAAUCUCCUUCCAGCAGCAGCAGCAGCAGCAGGAGCAGCUCUGGCUGCACGCCGCAGGCGGGCCUGCGGAGCGCUAGGAGUAACAGCAGCCUCAAUGCAGUCCAGUCGAGCAGCAGCGGCUGCAGCAGCAACAGCAACAGCAGCAACAGCAGCAACAACAGCAACAGAAGCUCUAAGCGUCCCAGUGCUUUUUCUCCAACAGAGAUAAGUGUCUCUUCUCACCAGCUGUCUCCUGUUGUGUGUCUCGCCCCUCCAUAUCUUGAAGUGAAAGACACAGAAACUGCAGCAGAAGAUGGAGCAGGAGCUGCUGCUACGGAAUUUGCUGCAGCAGAAGGUGCAGCAGCAGCAGAUCCUGCGGUGAAAGACGGUGCAGCAGGUGCACCGGAACAACGACAAACUGCAACUGAGGCAGGAGCAACAGCAAUGACCCAACAGCAGCAGCAGCAACAGCAGCAGCAGCAGCAGCAGCAGCCUGUGGGGCAGGGAGUGACAGAACGAGGAGCUCCUCUUUCCCUGUCUGUGAGCAGCAGCGGGACGGCAUCGACUGCAGCUUCAAGUACAGCAGCAGAAGCAGCAACAGCAGAAGCGGCGGAAGAAUCUGGACAGGCAGCAGCAGCAGCAACUUUCCCUCGUUUUCUGUCUCUGUGGCAGCUUGUGGGGCGGCAUAUUGCUGAAGCUGGCAAAGGGCUCUCUUUUAUGCAUUGUUUCUCUUUGCAUAACUUGAGGCUUGCUCUAGAAAGCGGAGACAUCGCUCCUGCUGCUGUUCCCCUGGGCGGGCUCUCCCUCAGCGAUGUUGCUGCUGCUCUCUGCAAAGACGCAGCAGCAACAGCAGCAGCUGCAACAGCAGCAACAGGCGCAGCAGCAGGUGGAAAAACCGGGUAUGCACUUGUUUCUGGUGCUGGAGGGGCGGGAAAAGUCUCAACAGCAGCAGCAACAACAGCAGCAGGAGCAACAGCAGCAGCAGGAGCAGGAACAGCAGGAAGGAGCCUCUGUCUGUCUUCUUUCUUGCCUGGACUUGAAGCACUGCAGCAAGAUUGGCUGAAGUUUGCUGCUGCUCGCAGUUUCGUCUUCUCCCUUUGCAAGUUACUGCACAUACACCCCGAAGUAGCAUUUACAGCAGUGAGAUAUAUGGGCUGGCUGCUGCUGGAGUGGGAAGCGUGGCAGCCCCCUGCAGAUCUGCUCUUCCCUGCUGCUCCUGCUGCUGCUCCUCGACCUCCUCGAGACUCCGCUGCAGCAGCAACAACACAAACACAGGAAGCAGCAGCAACACCGCAGCAGCAGCAGCAAAGCGAAGCAAAAGCAGCAGCAGAUAGGGCACGAGUCUCUCGCGUAUUGUGGGGAGUUUCGCCUCCGCAGCACUUUGCUGCAGCAACUGCUGCUGCUGCUGGAAGCAGCAGCAGGAACAACACCAGCAGCUGGAACAACAGCAGUGGGAUGAGCGGGAGCAACAGGAGCGGCGGCAAAGGACGCGGCAAAGGGGGAGCCCCGUGCAGCAGCAACAGCAGCAACAGCAACAACAGCAGCAGGGCGAACAUCCACCCGUUGCCCGUGCUGCUGCGGCUCGGGUGUCUCUGCACCUCUCUUGCCCUCAGACAAAAUGAUGUUACUCCCUGUUUUGAUGCGAGACAGCUGACAGCCUAUGCAACAACCGAAUACAUGCAGCAGCAAAAUGCAGACAAACAGGCUGCUGCUGCUUCUGCUGCUGCUGCUGCAGUAGUUGCUGCGCACGCAGCAGCCACGCGGCAAGGGAAGCACAGGACGCAACAGAGGCGCCAACAGCAGCGACACCACCAGCAACAGCAACAGCAGCAACAGCUGCAACAGCAGCAGCAUCUGCAGCAUCAGCACCUACAUCAGCAGCAGCAGCAGCUGACAACAAUUGCACGGCUCCCGCUGCUGCAGCAUGCAUGCGACGGUCAGCGGUGUCCCUCGGUGUGCCAAGAACUGAACCUGCUGGAGCAGCAGCUGCAGCAGCAGCAGCAGCAACGCCAGCACGUACCGCAGCAGCAGCAGCAGCAGCAGCAGCUUUUGCUGCAGCAGGAAGAGGAAAAGCCCUCCACGUGGCUGCCCUUUCCCCUCACUGGGUGGCUUGAGUUGCACGCCUGGGCCUGCAUCACCAACUUCAGACCAAGGCCUCAACCAGCAGCAGCAGCAGCAGCAGCAGCAUGGGAGAAUGGAGAAGCAACAGCAACUGCUGCUGCUGCUACUGUGGGCGGUGGAGAUAUUGCCUCUCAAGCCAGCAGCAACAACUUGCUGCUGUGGCUGAUCGAGGCCCUCAAACUUCGCAGCAGCAACUACGGAGCGAAGUGGCUGCUGCGGCUGCCUGGGUCAUGCAGCAGGUGCUGCUGCAGCGGCAGCUGCAGCAGCAACAGGAACACCACAAGUAGCAGCAACAGCAGUAGCAGCAGGGACACCAGCAACUCCUCCUCCCCUCCAGACGAGACUUCGCCAGGCACGAAAGAGGAUGAACAGCAGCAGCAGCAGCGGCAGCAGCAACAACAAACAGCAACAGCAACAACAGCAGCAGCAGGACAAUGCUGCGUGCCGCUACUCCUCCCGCCUUUGCUGCCAACAGCAGCACAGACCGACCUGAAGGGUGGCAGCCACCUGCCGCAUUUGCUGCUGCAGCUGCUUGUCUCCUCUCCUCAUCCUGCCUCUGUGUUCUUGUCUCCUGCUGUUCAUGCAAUAGGCGUGCUGCUGCUGCUGCUGCAGAGCUACCCCAGCAGCAGCAGCAGCAAGGUGCAGCAGCUACUGCGAGCAGUUGUUGGGGAAGCUCUGCUGCAGAAAGCCGUUGCUGCACUGCAGACCGUUGCUGCUGCCAUCGCUCUUGCUGUUGCUCCCAGCAAAUCCAGCUGCAGCAAAUGCGGCUGCUGCUGCCCUCUGCCUCUCCCUGUACAGCACACGCUGCUGCAGCUGUUGCUGAGGGAGACCCGCUUGACGUUACCUUCGCGUGUGUAUACGGCUCGGCGUGCUGCAGCAGCAGCACCUGAUGCUGUUGCUGAUGAUAUGCUUGCUGCUGCCGCCUGCGGGCAAGAAGACAGCAGCAGCAGCGGCAAAAGGAAGAGAAAGGCUUCCUCCAGCAGCAGCAAUCUAAGCCCUUCUUGCUGCUGCUUCAGCUCGCCUCCUGGUGGAGCCUCAGCGGACACUCCUGCGUGGAAUGUUGCUGGCACUGCUGCUGCUGCUGCUGCUGCUGCACCAUCAGCCGAAAAACUCACGCAGCAGCAAACAGGUAGCAGCAGCAAGCGACCAGCGCCACAAAUCCUCAUUACUGCUGAAGACAGUCCUUACCCGAGAAGCUUUUAUGAGCAACACGAAACGAAAUGCUGCAGCAGCAGCACGCCUACCGCAGGAGCAGCAGCAGCAGCAGCACGACGGCCGCAAUACAACUCCAGCCCCUUUUCCCCUUUGGCGAAUUGGAGUGUCAAUGCAGCUCUCAACAGCAAAGAAGCAGCGAACCGAUUGGUUACUCAGUCUCCCUGCUGCUGCUCGCUGCAGGCAACCAGCAGCAGCAGCAGCAGCAGCAGCAGCAGCAGCAGCAGCAGCAGAAACAGCAGCAACAGCAGCAGCAACAACUGCAACAAUGAAGGGGGGCAGCAGCCAGCACAGACAGGGGCGUGGCAGCAACAAGCCUAUCAGCAGCAGCUGCAGCAGCAAUACGCAGCUUUGGGCUACGACUGCUCGCAGCUGUACGGCUGCUACAACGGGGCAAUGCAGCAGCAGCAGCAGCAGCAGAUGAUGAUGAUGGCAGCAGCUUACGGGCAGCAGCAGCCCCGGAUGGACAGCACAAGCAGCCUUGGGGGCUGGACAACGAGCAGUGCAGCAGCAGCAGCAGCAUCAACAGCAGCAUCCGCAGCCUCCUGCCUGUCUGGCAGCGCCUUAUAA